AUGAAAACUACCUCAAGCCUCCCAUUAUUCAUUCUCCUCCUGUGGUCAUCGAUCAGCCUCUCAAAUGCCUACCAAGUCUUGAUCUCGGAUACUGAUGAUCUCAGGCAAGUCUGCUCCGGAAUGUGGCAGAAAUUCGCCAAAUCUAGAGAUCCAUACAUCGAAAUUAUCUUUGGACCGGCUUCUUCUGGCCAACUGGCUCUGGUGGUCUAUGAAUGGCAGGACGCAAAGUGGCUAGGAAUUAACCCUUCCAAUAAACAAGCAGAAAACUCAUGGCAGGAGGAUAGAGUGUAUGUUUGCACAUUAGAUGCGAUAGCACAAUCCCUCUGUACGAAGGCGGAACUCGGAGAAUUCAUCAUCUCACCGCUACCAUCUGGGGUCACACGAGAGUCGUUGAACAUUUGGACCCAACGAGUCAAGCUGGAAGCCAAACCUAACCCGGGCGACUUAUCACCGGAUACCGGUAAACAGAUGGGCUCGGGGCCGUACCGAUACAAUGUCACCAAGACUGGUUAUUACUGUGUAGGAGCCGUCCCCCUUACCGUCGGUCUCCCAACCACUUCAAAUACCACGUACAGUACCUACACUGGUGUGGUGGCGUUCGAAAAUGUAUUCAAAGGCAACUUGCCUGCUGGUGAAUACCCAAAAGUAGCUUUCUACGGAUUUGUGACGAUAAUCUAUGUCAUGGUCGGAAUCCUAUGGGGCUAUAACUGUUAUCGACAUCGGACCGAAAUCCUACCUGUUCAACAUUAUAUCUCUGGAAGUAUCUUGUUCCUGAUCGUCGAAUUAACGACCGUGUUUGGAUAUUACAAAUAUCUUAACGACUUUGGAAAUCCGUCGAUGACUCGGGCAUUGCUCGUCCUAGUUUCAAUUCUUAGUGCCGCAAGAAACGCAUUGUCAUUUUUCAUGUUGUUGAUCGUCUCUUUGGGCUACAGUAUCGUCAAAGACUCCUUAGGAUCGGUCAUGUUGAGGGUUAGACUCCUGGCUAUUGCCCAUUUUAUCUUUGGUGUGGUGUAUGCGAUCGGCAUGGCUAUUUUCCCUUUCGAAACCGCUGGAUUGUGGAUAUUCUUCAUGGUUUUCCCUUUAGCAUUUACUUUGACCGGAUUCAUGAUGUGGAUCAUGGCCGCUCUUGCUCACACUAUCCAGGACUUGGAAUCGCGUAAACAAACAUUCAAGACUCAGAUGUUUGUCAGAUUACACCGGAUCCUGAUCGGGGCCGCCAUAGUGAUUGUGAUAUUCUUUUUUGUAUCAUCGGUUUCAUUCUCGAAUCGACUACAGCAAGACUUCGCGCCAGACACAUGGCGGACGCGAUGGUUCCUGUUGGACGGUUGGCUGUCGUUGUUAUACAUGGUAUGUUUCGUGUCGAUCGCCUUCCUGUGGCGGCCGACCGAGCGAAAUAGAUACCUAGCCAUGAGUGACGAGCUGGCCCAGGACGAAGAGGCAGCCGACGAGUAUGAUGACCAGGCGCCUGAAAGGGAUGGCGCUCUUGGGGAUGAGGACGAUGGCGGGAAGGAGUGGGUACCACAGGGUGAUGGACGAGAUGCCGUGCCCCUGCAGCUACGCAGGGUUGGGGAUGAGACCGUUGUAUUCGAUAUCGGUGAAGAUGAUGAUGAUGGAGAAGAUCUCCAUAAAUCUAAAGAUCAGUUCGGUGGGAACGAUAACGAGCACCGACCGCUGAGAAGAUCAACAUCGACCGAACGACCUCCGGAUUAUCAUUGA